CGACAGUUAACAUACAAUUACAGAAGAUGAUUCUUUUUUAUAUAACAUUUGUUUUUGCUCUAGAAGUGGUAAUAUGCAAGGACUCUCCCCCACCAACAGUUACUCUUCCACUAGGAGUGAUCGAGGGAUACGUUAAAAAGUCCGUCAACGGAAAAGAAUUUAAUGCAUUCGAAGGUAUUCCAUAUGCCAGUCCACCAGUUGGCUAUUUAAGAUUUGAGAAACCUGUUCCAGUAAAACCAUGGACAGGAAUAUGGAAGGCAAAAACAAUAUUUAGGUGUAUUCAGUACGAUCAUAUGACUCCAGAGGGACAAGAUAUGGUAUCAGGGGAUGAAGACUGCCUAUACGUUAACAUUUACACUCCAAAAAAACAGUCAUCAAAGAAGCUGAACGUGCUCUUGUACAUCCAUGGAGGUGCUUUUAUGUUUAACCAUGGAGGAAUUUAUGGUCCAGAAAUAAUCAUGGAUAGAGACGUUAUUUAUAUUACAAUAAACUACCGUUUGGGGCCAUUAGGUUUUUUGAGUACUGAAGAUAAUGUAGUUCCUGGAAAUAAUGGAAUGAGAGAUCAAAUUUUAGCCCUAAAGUGGAUAAAAGAUAACAUAGAGAAUUUCGGAGGAAACCCUGAUUCCAUAACUCUUAUGGGUAUGUCUGCUGGGGGAGCAAGUGUACAUACACAUUUUAUAACACCACAUUCAAAAGGCUUAUUCGCAAGGGGCGUUUCCCAAAGUGGUUGUGUUCUAAACCCUUGGGUGUUGAUGGAAGAACCGCUUAACCAUGCCAAAAAAGUAGCUUCUCUUGUAGGAUGUCCAACAGAAAGUAAUAAAGAAAUGGUUAAUUGUUUGAAAACAAAGCCAGCAAAACAGAUUGUAAAUACUGUAAAACAAUUCCAACCCUGGUUAUACAAUCCAUUCUCUCCAUUCGGUUUGGUAGUAGAUAGCUGGGCCGAAGAUCCAGUUUUUCCAGAGCAUCCUUUCCUGCUAUUACAAAAAGGUCUGGUUCAAGAUUUGCCUUGGAUGAUUUCGUACACUUCUUCUGAAGGAUUAUAUCCAGCAUCUGAUUUUUACUUUGACGAAUAUACUGACUACUUGGACAAACAAUGGGAUAGCAUAAUGCCCUACAUUUUACAUUACCAUGAGUCUGUGCCAAAAUAUCAAAUGGAUAAAGUCAGCCAAAAAAUCAGAAAUGAGUAUCUUAAAAAAACUCCAGUCAGUAGACGCGAUUUUGCUAAAUUUGUUAAGAUACUGAGCGAUAGACUUUUUAUAAAAGAUAUAGAAACAGCUGCACGAUUGCAGUCGGAAGCUACAAAAUCGCCUGUAUAUUCCUACUACUUUAAUUAUAGAGGAGCACACAGUUCUUCGGAGUUCAAAACACACUCUAAUGUCGAUAUAGGUGUAUCUCAUGCAGACGAUACUUGUUACGCUCUCAAGGUGGCAAAACUGGACACCUUAUCCACGGAAGAUGAUAGACAAAUGUCGAAAUUAAUGCUAGAUAUGCUUACAUCAUUCAUGGAUACUGGAAAACCAAAUAUUAAUGCAGACUGGAAGCCUCUUUCUAAGAAACCAAGUGAUCCAUGGGUACAACUACAUAUUGCUGGUCCUCAGAAGACUUUCUUAGAAGAAAAAGACCACGUCGGAAACAAAAAGUUCUGGGAUAGCUUACCGAUUGAAGAAAACGAAAGAUUGUUUACCACGAAAGAUGAAUUGUAAGAGAUCUAAUAUUAGUAAUGCACAUAGAUUGCUUUUUAUUAGAAAAAACAAGUGUUCGUUGUGUUCAGAAUUUGAAGUGUAUUUUUUAUAUUAAAAUGCUGGCGUAAAUAAAAGUUUAUAAUUGAA